AUGACGUUGCUGUCUUGGACAGGGUUCCCCCACAUUGUGGAGGAGAUUGUCGCCCACCUGGACGGCCAGACGAUGCUCUCUGCGCGUUUGGUGAACACAGAAGUGUGCCGCUUCGCAAACAGAACCCUUAUCGCGAGGUGUGCACGUAUCGAGAUCCGGCACCGUGGACAGGAGUUGGUCUUCGUGUCCAAUGGCGGUGUCCUGCCGUUCUUUCACCCUUCAGCUCCUCUCGACCACCAGUACGCUGCGAUGCGCAGAGCUCGCACUGUCAUCAUCGGCCGUGGCGUACCUCCCGGUGCACGCCUGAACGAUCUCCUGGCGCGGUUGAACCCCCGCGCAAGGGUGCGCCUCGAGCAUGCGAAGAACGGCAGCUCGCACCACGUUCUUCCGAGGCUACGCUAUCUCGAGCUGGAUGUUCCGGCCGGUUGCGAAUGCAGUCCCGGCAACUAUGUGCCUCUACAGCAUCAGGCGCGUAACGUCAGGAUCAAUAUCCUGUUCCAGGACUAUCAACAGAGGCCGACCUGCAUGUGCGGGCUCGUCCGCGGCUUGGUCCAUGAGGGAGUCGAGCGCCUGGAAAUCCACCACUGGAACCACGACAUCACCAGCGAAGACCUGUUCCUCCGCCAAGUCCUCUGUGCGGACGCCAACUUUCGGAGCAUAAACACCACCAGGGAGCUCUUCCGCUUUGGAGUGCAGCAAGUGUCCUGGGUCACGUAUCGAGUGGAGCGGCGGAGUCCCCGAGCUACGGUCUCCACACGUACUAUCGCGGCGGCCGAGCCGGCGAAGUCGCCCUCAGCUUUGGCUGCCCCCACUGGUCGGCCAAGUGUCCGAUACACGCUGGGCCAGGCAGUCUCAAGCGACCAUCCUCCCGACGUCUCGAAUCCCCAGUUCAGGCACUACACACGCUCGACGGCCAUUCUUACCUUCGCGUUCUUCUUCGUCACCUUGGUAGCUGCUCGGUCCUCCCGCAAGUAG